CGAAUAUAAGUGACGAAUAAGCGAAGAGUUUGCGAAUCUCCCGCGUAUACGGAUGGUUGGUCAAAGAGCGCUUAUAAUAUUCACUCUUUUACACGCCGCAUGCUUUACUUUUAUUGUGUUAUUGUCGAGUUGAGUGAUAAAAGGGUUAACCUGUCACCUCGGGAGAGAGACUGGCGUGUCGAUCAAAAGAGAAAAAAAGGCACAAGCGUCUCAAUAUAUCAGUUGUGUAAAUUGCAUAGGUCAAGGCGGCCAGGCAAAUCACCGAAGCUCAGAAAGUUUACAAAUACGCAAUGGCAAGUCGUCGACAGUUUUGGGUUAUUUGAUAGUCAAGAAGUGUUCUUUCAUAUUAGUAGUGAAGAAUUCAUAUUGGACAGUGAUUCUGAGAAUGACAAUUUGGAUGCAACUGAUGUUUCUGAGGAAGAAGAUAUAUUUGGCCCGGCAACUGACGAUGAAGAGGACUCAGAAUGUACACCUAGCACUUCAGCCAGUACCUCAUCGCCACCGAUUCGAAGGCGUAGAAUUCUCACAACACGAAGAAGCAGGAAAAGUUAUCGCCUAUCAACUACUAGAUCUCGGAAAACUUACAAUUGGGAAAAGUCAUUCGCCGGAAGUUCUCCAUCGGCUUUCGGCGGUAAGCGGUCUGUGUCCAGUCGUCACUUAAAUAGCAGUUCGAGUGCACUUGACUGUUUUCUACAAUUUUUUAAUACGACUGUGAUUGAGUUCAUUGUUCAAAUGACCAAUCUCAAUGCUACUACAAAACUACAUGAGGAGUCCAUCAAAAACAACACCAAGGAGAAAGCUUGGAAGCACGUUGACGCGGAGGAGAUGUAUGCUUUCAUAGGAUUGGUCAUCCUUAUGGGAAUCAUACGUCUUCCAACAGUCGAUAUAUAUUGGCAGAAGAAAAAUUGGAUCCUAGAUGUACCGAGUUUUAAUGAAGUUAUGUCAAGAAAACGAUUUCGAGACAUUUGGCGUUAUUUACAUUUUUGCGACGAAACGUUGGCACCAAGUGCGGAAGACGCCAACAAAGACAAGUUGCAUAAAAUUCGAGGACUGCUAUCGCUCAUAUUGCCUUUAUUCCAAAACUCCUAUACCCCAGGUAAAGAAAUUUCUAUCACUGAAACCCUGAUUCCCUUCAAGGGUCAAAUCUGUUUUCGACAAGUUACAGAAUCUAAGCGAGCGCGUUUUGGAAUCAAGGUUUGGGCAUUAACCGAAUCCUCGACUGGAUAUGUAUCGAGAUUGCAAUUUUAUUCUGGUACAGAUCCAACCUCAAAUUCAGAACUAAGCUUACCUUCAAAUGUCGUAAGUUAUCUGAUACAACCUUUCGAAGGCUUAUAUCACCACCUCUACGUUAACCAUCUAUACACCAACCCUGAACUCUUCGAAGAUCUUCUUUCAAAAGGUGUAUAUGCCUGUGGACUGUUUAGAAGCAAUUCUAUAUUUUUUCCGAAAGACAUAAUCGCUAAGAGCACUGGUGAAUUAGCGAGAGGAACUAGCGACUGGAGGACUUCGGGACAAUUAUUGGCACAAUCUUGGGUUGAUAAUGGAGCGUUAUAUUUUCUUUCUUCAAUCCACGAACCCGAGUAUGAAAUGGCGCACGCAGGCAAGAAAACAGUGAAACGAAAGCGUGGACGUGGGCAAAAACUCGGAUCAGUGGAGGUGCCGUGCCCCCCUGUUGUUUGUGAUUACAUGACUCACAUGGGGGGCGCGGAACUUUCGUGUCAAAUUAGAAAAUACUACAACAUGACAAGACGAUCAAAUAUUUGGUAUAGGCGAGUAUUUUCGUAUUUAAUCGAAGUUGCAAUUCACAACGCUAGAGUUAUAUAUCAAAACGUAUCAGGGAAGCGAUGGGAUGGUUAUCAAUUUAGAGAAGAGCUCAUUACCUCCCUUAUUGGUAGCUACAGAGCUUCCCGGCGAACCUCUCAUAAUACGUCCGUUCCAUCUCUCCCCAGACUCUGCAAUGUGGGUCGUCAUUUCCCAUUGCCCACACAAACUCGGUUAGCAUGCCCUGUAUGUUCUAAAAAGAACAAAAUGGCCCCUGCUGCCGAAAGGACGACUCCUUCGAGAAGCCGCGUGAGAUGUGGUGAAUGCAAUGUUCAUCUAUGUGUCAGCGAUGGAAAAAAUUGCUUUCGCGAUUGGCACACCAAAAUUGAGUAUUGGAGAUAAAAAUUACUGUUGCAUUUUUACUUGCCAUUUCAUGCAUGCAUUGUGGAUAUUUGAAACGAGAAUUUUCAUUCUACGACGGUUCUAUUUAAUUCGUGUAGUUAUUUUACCGCCACUGUUUUUUAUAUCGUCACUCAGUGAUUUGAAAAUACUAUGAAUUUUUUAUUCAA